AUGCGCAGUCCCGAAGACUACAGGGAGAGAGUACAGCUAUUUAGCGAGAAUCCGGGCAACCUGGAACCGGUAGAAUACCUUGUUGCGAGAUUGGUCAAAACACUCUUCAAUGCUUUCUGGGGUAUGCCGAGGGUUAAUCCGUACGAUCUCAAUAAACCGGACAUAUUGCACAAUAUCUACCUGGGGAUGUUGAAGCACAUGAUGGAGUGGAUUCAGGGUUUCUUGAAGAAGCAUCACCGAUUGAAGGAGUUCGACAGCGCUUGGGCUUCGAUUGCGCCUUACCCUGUGCUGGCAGUACCAAACAAAGCAUAUCGUUCUACCACCCAAUGGCAAGGGAAAGAGAUGCGCAAUCUGGGGCGGGUCGUUCUGAGAGCACUCGCGGCUGCUCUGAGAAACCCGGGAGUGGCUGCCAGGAGCGACUUCGCAAAAGCGUUGAAAUGUGUUCGAAGCCUAAUAGACUUCCACUUAAUGGCGCAAUAUGGGAGUCAUACAACGAGCACACUGAACUAUAUGGAGAACUAUCUGGAGGAUUUCCAUAAACACAAGGAUAUCUUUUUAGAAUUCAAGGCGUACAAGAAGACGUUAAAGGAUGCGAGAGAUCGAACGAAAGCAGUAACUAGCUCCCAGAUCACCCAGCAAUGCUUCCAGAGCACCCAAUGA